GAGGACACUUGAUGUCACCCCCUGGUGAUUUGCUGGGGGCCUGUUUUCUUGGUUCGCACGACUUCGACCCGUUUUCCAAGGGCUUCCCCUGCCCUUUGUUGUGUUUGAUCUCUUCCCCGUGGGCUUCAGAGGGCAGUGCGGUGUAGCGGAAAGAGGAAGGACGCACUGGAUGUGGAGCCCCAGGAGCGGGGCUAGAACUUGCCGCCUCCUCACUAGAGGGAAGCUCCUCCAAACUAAUCCUUCCAGGGAACUAUCUGCCUGCUUUCAGAUUCACCAUGACUUUCUGCCAUUGUUCAUUCACUCCACAAACAUUGGGCACCUCCAGUGUGCUAGGCACCCAAGUUACAUGGUCAUCUAGGAUUCAGGAUGCAGCAACAAGGUCCCAUCUAUGAGAAAUGGACCCUCACCAGACACAAAAUCUGCUUGCACCUCCAUCUUGGACUUCCCAACCUCCAGAGCUAAAGAUGAUGACAUUGAAGAAGGAGACCUCCCAGAGCACAAGAGGCCCCCUGCACCUGUGGACUUCUCCAAAUUGGACCCGGGCAAGCCUGAAAGCAUACUAAAAAUGACCAAGAAGGGGAAGACGCUCAUGAUGUUCGUCACUGUGUCGGGAAAACCUAGUGAGAAGGAGACAGAGGAGAUUACGAGCCUCUGGCAGGGAAGUCUGUUCAAUGCCAACUACGAUGUCCAGAGGUUCAUUGUGGGAUCAGACCGUGUGAUUUUCAUGCUUCGUGAUGGCAGUUACGCCUGGGAGAUCAAGGACUUUUUGGUCAGUCAAGACAGGUGUGCUGACGUAACUCUGGAGGGACAGGUGUACCCUGGCAAAGGAGGAGGAAGCAAAGAGAAAAAUAAAACAAAGCAAGACAAGGGCAAAAAGAAGAAGGAAGGAGAUUCAAAAUCUCGGACUUCCAAGGAAGACAAUCGAGCAGGGGAUAAAAAAGAAGAGCUGUGAUGGGGCAGCCACGGGCAGCCAUGUGCUCUGCGGGUGAACAGAUGGACACAGAGCUUGCCAGGCUCAUGGGUGGGGGCGGGCACAGGAAACCACACACCAGGUGACAUUCUAAUUUCUUCUAGAAAUGGUCUGCCAUGUGGUCAGUCUAAGAACGACUGUUAAAAGUCUUCAAAUAAGACAAGAUUUGUAAUUAUCGGACCCUGACAAAUUCACGUUUAUGAUAGAAACACCUCGCGUGGACACUUGAGUGAGUUGCUUCUUCCCAUUGAGACUUGCUGAGUUGUUGAUUCUGCUGAGCUUCCGUGCCCAUCCUAUACCUGCUCGGAUUGGGUGGCCUGCUGUUUUCAUGCUUUUUAUUUUCUGUUAGCUAAAAGGAUAGCACAUCCUAAUCAGACAAGUUUUAAAAACUCUUAAUUGAAUCGGGCUCUUCUGCCACAAACAUCUUGUGCAUUGCUCGCAGGGUGAAAGUGCUCUGGUAGUCCUGCAGCAAGCUGAUACUGCAGUGUACAGCAGGAGGCCAGGGUGGGUAUUUCCCAAGUCUCUGCAGGCAGAGUGAAUAGAAAAUACGGCUCUGGAAACCCUGAGCAGUUACUUUGAAUUUUUUUGGCUUGAAUUGCACUCAUCAGUUAAAAGAGAACUUGCGGUGUGCCUGCCGGAUUUUAUGUGGUCCUUAAAGCCUGUUUUGUUUCCUUCUUUAAGAAAGAGUAAUGCUGGUGUCAAGGUUCACAGGUCCUAUUUAAUGUGACAGUUUGAGAUUACAUAAAUAGGAGAUCAGCAGCAUCCUUUGCAGGGUGUGGCAGAAGACUUGGUAACCUCACUUACUUCUAAGCUUUUUUUUUUUUUUUUGAUAAGUGCCUAAACAUGUGGUGUUUCCAUGUGGUACUAAACCAUGUGCUACUGUUAAUGUCUGAUUUUGCUAUUCAUGCAUUGUAGCCUAUUCUGAAUAAGAGAACAUUUAUAUACAGGUGUUGUUUUUAAGAACUAAAAUCAUUUUUAAAAACUCAGUUGUAAUUUUAAAGAAUUAAAAAUAGCACAUGUACAUGACUUGAAGCUGUCCAUUUUAAAGAAUGGUCAAGAGUGAAGUAUUCCGUGCUGCCACCACCUGGUCCUGGUGGAAGCUACUGUUAACAAUUUGAACCCCAUCAAGAAGAGUGUUCAUUUAUCACCUUAUGAUGAGGUGUGUGUGUUUUGGCUUCACCGCAUCUGUUUCCUGUACUGCAGUACCACUCCACAUUUCUCCCAGUGAACCACAUUCUCUGCACACUCUGUCCGUCCGCAGCCUCCAGGCCAUGCCACUUCAGGGGUGAAGCCUGUAUGGUCUAGGCCUCCCAGGGUCAGUUGCUGGAGCUGGGAAGAUGUUUCUUGCUCUCAUGCAUUUUGAGCCAGGGGGGAUAAGUGGCCACAGCCCCUGGAGAGGAGACCUGUUUGAGACUGGAGCCAGUGUGAGCAGCGGGGACUCCACACCCUGGUGGUGGCACCUGAAUCCAUCCGUAGCUGAAAUGAGCCCUGUCCCUGGUUUCUUCUAUUUUUACUUAGGGUGGUUUGUUGGGCUACUGUUACAUGUAGCCAUAAAGGUCCUGUCCAGAGCAACUGUCUUUGUUGGAUAAUUGUUUUAAUUCAACAAAAGGGGGCCAAAAUUCACACCUACAUGCCUUCCCUUUGUUUUUUUGAGACAAGAGUUGGCCUAGGUAGAAUGCCAUGGCAUCAUAACUCACAGCAACCUCAGACUCUUGGGCUCAAGCAAUUCUCUUGCCUCAGCCUCCAGAGUAGCUGGGAUUACAGGUGCCCGGCUAUUUUUAGAAAUAGGGUCUUUCUCUUGCUCAGGCUGGUCUCAAACCUGUGAGCUCAGGCGAUCCACCCGCCUUGACCUCACAGAGUGCUGGGAUUACAGGCAGGAGCCACCAGGCCCAGCCCUACAAGCCUUUCCACGUGAGAAUGUAUGCAUGGUUCCUGGUCAUUCCAUUAACUGAGAAGCACAGGUCUGUGUCAUCACUUCCUGUGCAGCAUGCACCCGUGUCAGCCAGUACUUACUGUUACAUAUGAGGUGCGAGGCACAGUGGAGGCAGACCCUGCUGUCAUGGAAGUAAUGAUUUGGUAGGAAAGACAAUUAUUAAUAACACAUAAGGUCAGGUGGCAACUGUGAGACGUGCAGGAAGCACAGAGUGUAGAGCAGCUGGGGUUGUGGGGUCUCACCUUGGGGUGCCUAGCACCUCCCUGACAGCUAGAGCAGGAGCCGGGAGGACAAAUGCAAGGGGAAGCAGUCAUGGGCCCAGCGGCUAGAAGUGGGCAGGGAGGGGCUCUGAGAAGGCCAGAGGGGAGCUAAGGAGGUGAGGGGUGCCCAGGGUCUUGCUGAAAUUUGGAAUACCCUGCCUGAUGCUGCAGUGGAGUGGGCAUGGAAGAUGGGAGAUAUGGUUGGAGGGGCCGCCAGUGGGUGUGGCACAUGAGCUGGGGGACAUGUCAGCAGUGCAGACUGUAGUGGACCAUGGCAUGGUUGCAGAGCAGGGUGCUGAUGAGGUUGAACCACUGUUUACCUGCACAGUCCCUGCUGGCGGACUGUCAGGAUUUCGGUUUUUGUGUUAGUGUACUUGAUGCUGCAGUGAACGUUUCUGUACAAAACAUUUUGGUAAUUUUUAUUUAUACCUGAAAGGUAAAUUCCGAAUAGUGGAAUUGUUAGAACAAGCAGAAUUUGGCAUUUUGGAGUGUUUCCUGGAUUGAUUUUCUGUGUGGUUUAGCCUACCCUCGCCAGCAGUGGGUCUCCUGUCCUGGCCAACACUAGGCAUCACACUUGGCAAUUUAAAAGAUGUAAAAACUGUCUGCUGGACACAGUAGCUCAUGCCUGUAAUCCUAGCACUCUGGGAAGCGGAGAUGGGCAGAUUGCUUGCACUCAGGAGUUUGAGACCACCUGAGCAAGAGCCAGACCAAGACCCCAUCUCUACUAAAAUGAAAAACUGAGGCAAGAGGAUAGGCUUGAGCCCAGGAGGUCUGAGGUUGCUGUGAGCUGUGAUGCCUUAGCACUCUACCUAGGUUGACAGAGUAAAAUUCUGUCUCAAAAAUAAAAAUUAAAUUAACUGUAUCUUGCUAGACACUGUGGCUCAUCCCUAUAAUCAUAGCAGUUUGGGAGACUGAGAUAGAAAGAUACUUGAGGCCAGAAGUUUGAGGCUGCAGUGAGCUAUGAUGAUGCCACUGCACUUCAGCCCAGGCCACAGAACAGGACUCUAUCUCAAAAAAUCAUAAAAAUUGUAUCUUAAAAAAAAACUAUCUUAGGGCAGCACCAGUAACUCAGUGAGUAGGGCGCCAGCCACAUACACUGAGGCUGGCAGGUUUGAACAUGGUCUGAGCCAGCUAAAAAAACAAUGACAAUUGCAGCAACAAAAAAAAAUAGCUGGGCCUUAUGGUGGGCACCUGUAGCCCCAGGUACUUGGAGGCCAAGGCAGAGAAUCUCUUAAGCUCAAGAGUAGCUCACUGAAACCUCAAAUUCCUGGGCUUAGGCAAUCCUGCCUCAGCCUUCUGACUAGC